AUGAGAGAGGCUACUCAAGCCCCGAUCCAACAAGCGCUGGAAGCAGAGAACGUGGAUCAAGGAUCGCAGGAAGAUCAGGGUGUCGACCACCGAAAGAUUUUGGAUCUGGAGGCACCAGAUCCCGCUGAGGUAGAUCCGCGUUGGACCCAUGCCCAUCGGUCCUUCAGUUUGCUUAAAACCAAGAUCGCUUCUACUCCGGUCUUACGGCACUUUAAUCCAAAUCGGAGAGCUACGGUUGUGGUGAAUGCUAGCGAUUGGGCCAUUUCGGGAUCAUUGAUGGAGGAAUACGCCCAGAUCUACUACCCCGUGAUUCGAAUGAACUAUGGCAUCACGGAGAAAGAGGUAUUAGCCGUUCUGAGGAUCCUGGAUCUUAACUACAAUGCACUGGUCGGACGCCCGAUCCACGUGUUGACCCGACACUCAACAUUGGCGUGGCUCUUCAGAUCCACUGCCCUACAGGGACGUCUGGGACAGUGGGCCGCUCUAUUGUUGCCCUGGAUCCUUGAGAUCACCAAGUGUGCCAAAGGAGAGGACGAGAUCUUAGGAUCAUUGGCGGCCAGUAUUACCCCUAGAUCCGAAGUGGAUAAGGCAUUGAUCUCUAUUGCCCCAAAAAAGGAGCCAAGACGCAAGAUCCAGGCUCCGAUCCUCAUCAUUGGGUGCGAUGAGGAUCUAUACGUCAUUAGUUUCGACGGAUCUGCUCGUGCCAAGAGAGGAUACGCCGAGGGCUUGACGGUGAACGAGGCGGAAUAUCAUGGGCUGUUGCUAUGUUUGGAUCGGUUAGAAGAUCUCAAUCCACGACGUCUGGUGAUCUGUGGAGACUCGAACCUGGUGAUCCAACAAGUACGAGGUGAGAUCGAUUGUAAGGCACCGGGUUUGACAUUGUUGCGCCAGCGGGCUCUGGAUCGACACAAUACUUGGCCGGAUCACGAGCUGUUGCAUGUCAUCGCCAAAGCCAGUGCCUCCAGAUCCGGCCAAACAAUCGCUGAUACCUACGAAGAAUGUGUCUUCCGCAGAUUUGGUGCGAGCAAGGUGAUCCGGCAUGAUCGGGAGCCAGGUUUUAUGUCUGACUUCUUUAAGUCCUUCAACAAGAUCUUGGGUCAACGUCAACGUGCUACUAUAGCUUAUCGACCCCAAGCUAAUGGAUCCGCAGGGCGUAUGGUCCAGACAACUACCAGGGCUCUUAAGAUGUAUGUGCAGGAUCUGGAUCAACGAGAUUGGGACGAAUACGCUGAACGGCUCACCUUCGCUAUCAACAUGCAAGAGAUCGGAUCCGAGGUGAAACCCCUUUCUACAUAUAUAUAUCACAACUUGAUCGGACCUGGUACGUUCGAUCGGUGGCUUAGAGGACUCACCUACCCCUAA